UUUAUCUGCACUUAUUACUAAUGUUUGGUGCGAAGUUUUAAAGGAGGAGUUGUAUUUCUCCUUCACUUUGACCACAUGAUAUUGGAUUAUAUCUUUCCUCUGUCUCUCUUUAUAUCUCGUCUUCCAGAGACAGAACGUGGAGCCUUAUUAUUUUUGAUAUUUUUUUUAUACACAUCCAUACUUUGGCUUCUCGGAGGACUACCUAAAGCUGUGUGAUAUGAUAAUAUAUCACUGAAUAGAUUCGACUACAACAUGAUCCAGUGGCAAGUCAUUUUACUGUGUGUGACGUGGAGGCUACAAACAGCAUCAUGCCAAACCCAUGAAGUGGUGUGUCCUGGUACGCAGAACGGACUGAGCUCCACAGGUUCUCAAGAGACUCAGUACAACCUGAUUAAGGACCGCUAUGACAGCUGUGAGAUCAUCAUGGGAAACCUGGAGAUCACUCAGAUUGAGAGUAACUGGGACUUCUCCUUCCUCAAGACAAUCCGUGAGGUGACUGGCUACGUCCUCAUUGCCGUGAACCACUUUCAGGAGAUUCCUCUGGGACAACUACGAGUCAUCAGAGGAAACAGCCUCUAUGAGAGACGCUUUGCUCUCUCUGUCUUCUUCAACUACCCCAAGGACGGCUCCAACGGCCUGCGGCAGCUGGGGCUCGCAAAUCUGACAGAGAUUCUGGCAGGAGGAGUGCAGAUUAUCAACAACAAGUACCUGAGUUAUGGCCCUUGGAUCUUCUGGCAAGACAUCAUCAGAGACAACAGUGCUCCUAUUGACAUCCACUACAAUGGAGAGAGAGGCCCAUGCCACAAAUCGUGUGGAGAUUACUGCUGGGGGCCAAAUGAGGACCAGUGUCAGAUCUUGACUAAGACGGUGUGCGCUCCGCAGUGUAAUGGCCGCUGUUUUGGGACGAGCCCCAGGGACUGCUGUCACAUAGAGUGUGCAGCGGGAUGUAAAGGCCCUCUGGACGUGGACUGUUUCGCAUGUCGUCAUUUCAACGAGUCUGGAGCCUGUGUGCCUCAGUGUCCCCAGACUUUGAUCUAUAACAAGCAGACGUUUCAAAUGGAGACCAACCCUAAUGCCAAAUAUCAGUAUGGAUCCAUCUGUGUCUCCCAGUGUCCCACCCAUUUUGUGGUGGACGGCAGCUCCUGUGUGAGCGCUUGUCCUCCAGACAAGAUGGAGGUGGAGCGAGAGGGCCAGAGGCAGUGUGAGCUCUGCAGUGGACUCUGCCCAAAAGUGUGUGAAGGCACCGGCGCUGAACACAGGCAGACGGUGGACUCCAGCAACAUCGACAGCUUUAUCAACUGCACCAAGAUCCAGGGCAGCCUUCACUUCCUGGUCACAGGGAUUCUUGGAGAUGACUUUAAAAACAUCCCGCCCCUGGAUGCCAAAAAGCUGGAGGUGUUUCGCACUGUCAGAGAAAUAACAGAUAUCCUAAACAUCCAGUCGUGGCCCAAAGAGCUGAAUGAUCUGUCUGUUUUCUCGAGUCUCACCACCAUUCAAGGGAGGUCGCUCUACAAGCGUUUUUCUCUGAUGGUGAUGCGCAUCCACACUCUUACCUCACUGGGUCUGCGCUCUCUCCGGGAGAUCAGUGACGGCAGUGUGUACAUCAGUCAGAAUGCCAACCUCUGUUACCACCACACCAUAAACUGGGCGCAGCUGUUCAGAGGCCGCAGAGUUCGAGUCAACAACUUCAACAACAACAGGCCGCUGGCUGAGUGCGUUGCAGAGGGCCAUGUGUGCGACCCGCUGUGUUCAGACUCAGGUUGCUGGGGCCCGGGACCCGACCAGUGUCUCUCAUGUAGGAACUACAGUCGAGACGGCACAUGUGUGGGCAGCUGUAAUUUUCACUCUGGAGCUCCGAGGGAAUUUGCAGGACCUGAUGGCGAAUGUGCCGCCUGUCAUCCAGAGUGUAAGCCUCAGAGUGGGAGAGCCAGCUGUACUGGACAGGGUGCAGAUGAGUGUGUGGAGUGCGCCAACCUGCGAGAUGGUCCUUACUGCAUGUCGUCAUGUCCCACUGGUGUGAAUGACGGACAGAGGGGACUGAUCUUCAAAUACCCCAACAGGGAGGGUCACUGUGAACCAUGUCACCACAACUGCACACAAGGGUGCUCAGGCCCAGGGUUAAAUGAUUGUUUAGAGGCAGUCAGGCUGGCAGUUAGUAGUGGUCAGAUCACAGGCAUCGCUUUAGGUGUCCCGGCUGGCUUGAUUUUCUGCCUGGUGUUGUUUUUCCUGGGUGUGCUGUACCACCGAGGCCUGGCUAUCCGCCGCAAGAGAGCCAUGAGGAGGUACCUGGAGAGUGGAGAGAGCUUUGAGCCACUGGGUCCCGGAGAGAAAGGUACCAAGGUACACGCCCGCAUCCUGAGACCCUCAGAGCUGAAAAAAAUUAAAGCCCUUGGCUCGGGGGUUUUUGGCUCAGUGCACAAGGGUUUUUGGACUCCGGAGGGAGAGACAGUGAAGAUCCCCGUGGCCAUUAAGACCAUCCAGGAUAGCUCAGGCCGACAGACCUUCACUGAGAUCACUGAUCAUAUGCUUUCCAUGGGCAGCCUGGACCAUCCCUACAUCGUUAGGCUGCUUGGCAUCUGUCCAGGUCCCACUCUGCAACUGGUGACCCAGCUCAGCUCACAGGGCUCCUUACUGGAGCACAUCAGGCACCACAAGAACAGCCUGGACCCCCAGCGCCUGCUCAACUGGUGUGUGCAGAUUGCUAAAGGUAUGUACUACCUGGAGGAGCACUGCAUGGUCCACAGGAACCUGGCUGCCCGCAACAUCCUGCUGAAGAAUGACUAUCAGGUCCAGAUCUCUGACUACGGUGUGGCAGACCUCCUUUAUCCCGACGACAAGAAAUAUGUCUACACCGACACCAAGACACCCAUAAAAUGGAUGGCUCUUGAGAGCAUCUUGUUUCGGAGAUACACCCAUCAAAGUGACGUUUGGAGUUAUGGGGUGACAGUGUGGGAAAUGAUGUCAUUUGGGGCGGAGCCUUAUGCAUCCGUGCAGCCUCAGGAGGUGCCGAGUCUGCUAGAGAAGGGCGAGCGACUGUCACAGCCCCACAUCUGCACCAUAGAUGUCUACAUGGUCAUGGUUAAAUGCUGGAUGAUUGAUGAAAAUAUAAGGCCGACCUUCAAAGAGCUGGCCAGUGACUUUACCCGCAUGGCAAGAGACCCACCCAGAUACCUUGUCAUCAAGACUGAAGGAGGAGAAGCUGCCUCGGUAGAGAUCCAUCGAAGAGAAUCCGAGCGAGGGCUUCUGGAGGAAGAUUUGGAAGCUCAAGACGAGGAGAGACUGGAGGAUGGUUUGAAUACUCCUCCUCUCCAACACUCUCCAUCUUGGAGUUUGUCUCGUUCACGGAUUAAUUCUUACAGGAGCGGUACCUCUCAGGCCGGACCUAUUGGAUACCUGCCAAUGACCCCCAGCCCUGUGGACAGUAUCCGUCAGCUGUGGCUUCAGAGGUCUCGACUGAGCUCGGUGCGGACGCUGCCUGAGAGGUCAGAGUUCAGGGGGAGUGGCAGAGAGGCAGAGCUGCGUGAGGAAGGUUUACGGACUGGGAGUCUUCACAGAUCCAGGUUUGGCUCAGAAAGGGGUACGCCUCGUAUAUCCAUCAGCCGGCACAGGAAGCUCUCAUCAGCAUCAAGUCCAUCCUCGUAUAAAGUGUGGACGGCAGAGGAAGAGGACGAGGUGGACCACUAUGGCUACGUCCUGGCUGGGUCCCCUGUUACUCCAGAGAGAGUUUGCAGAGUCUCUCACUCUGGGCGAAGAAACUCAAGACUCAAGAAUAAUCUGUCUCUUGUGGUGAUAAAUCCGUCUCAGGAGUAUGAGAUCAUGAGCAAAGAGUCUGGUGCUCCUUCUUGCUUCACCAGCAGCAUCUCAUCACAGGCAGACGCCCCAUCUGUGGCAGUUUGUCGUAAAAUGUCACCUUUACCCUCUCCAUCCAUCAUGGCUCUGUUACCUAUAGAUGAUGCGCCUCAUGUGGAAGCUCUGACGCCAGUCUCAGCUGUACGGAGUAAGAUAGUAGAUGAGGGUUGUGAAGGAGGUGCUGCAGAGCAAAGAGACUCCACAGAGAAAUGUGAGCGCACUGAGGACUCUGACAGCGUGAUCAGAGGUGUGGAUGACCAAGGGGAAGCAGCUCAUGGGCUGGGCAGGUAUGAAUACAUGGAUAUCAGGCGAUCCGACUCCACAGAGGGAGAGGAUCCAGCAUGGGAGAGACGGGGGAGUCAAACAUCUGUAAACAGUGCAGGGGAGACAGAUGAAACAAACCAAACAGUGGAGGUGUUGAAAAAAGAGCUGGAGGAGGAAGAGGAAGAGGAGAAAUACCACAACACAAAUAAACAACAUGCACUCCAGGGGAGUGUGAGCGGGAUGGUCAUGCCCAGGCCAGAUGUGCUCACAGCUGGGGGGGAAACGGUGGAGGAGUAUGAGGAGAUGACCAGAUUUGGAGUGAUGCCAAGCGGAUGGGAGCAGGCGGACUACCAGAACCUCCCUGUGAAGGGGAGGGCUGUUCCUGAGGAGAUGGGCAGUGGCAGGUGUGCCGGGAUCGGGGGAUACAUCAAGGUGUGUGCUGGCAUGGGGGAGCCUGGCAGCAACACAUCAUUUGAUAACCCAGACUACUGGCACAGCAGACUGUUCCUCAAGCCAGAUGCUGUACGUACUUAAUAAUGUGGACUGGGACAGAGACGUAGCAACUUUACUUCCUGUCAUAAAUGUGGCUGUUUUUUUAAAGUUUCCCAGCUUUUUAUAUUUGAUUACCAGCAUUCAAUAAACUUCGAAAGAUAGAAGUGGUGAAAGAAAUACACCCUUGAACCUCAUGUCACAAUUUUAAACAGCAGAAGUGGGUGUAUGUCACACGUCUCAUGCAAUUCCGAAGUUACUGUAGGGAGAAUAAAGCAACACAUGUCAGGUCAGACAAGUCACAAGUCAAGUCAUAUGAAAUUCUGAUGUUCAGGUCAUAUGUUUGACCAGCCAAUAAAACAGUGAGUUAGCUAAAAAGACACAUUUGUGUGCCUUUGUUUUGUGGUUUUGACAGACAAAGUUGGAUGUUGUGGUGGUCACAUCACUGAUUUUUGAGCUGCAGACGUUAGAUACUGUUCUCUCCUGGUGCCAUUGACAACAUAAUCCUCGAAUCCAUAUUUAGUAUUUUUGGACAGCUGUAGCCCCCACCAUGGCAGCUGCUGCAUGCCUUGGCCUCCAUUGGCCUGCUGCAUCUUUGAGGGUUGCCAUGUUUGCAUGUAUUGCACCAAAAUCACCCAUUUGUGUUUCAAAAACAAAACUUUUCAAUAUCUAGACCAGGGGUGUCAAACUCAUUUUAGUUAAUGGGUCACGUGCAGUCUGAUUCCAUCACAGGUGGGCCAGACCAGUAAAACCAUUGCAUGAUAUCCUAUAAAUAACAAACAUCUCCAUUUUUUUUGUUUAAAGAAGUACAUUUUAAGAAUGCUCAUCCAUUUACAAAACAGAUGACAAACAGCCUGCGAUGUCUUCAGAAGAAUAAAUGUCAUUUCAAUAAUGUGUCUCAAUUUUUUCCACAAUCAUUUUGCACAUUUUUCAUGUCGUGAUCCUGAUGUCACCACACCAAACUGAAGUGAAAGAAAAGAUCUGUACUCUGGUCGGGGUGGAAAAGCCUCUGAAGCAACAUUUUACAUGACGAAAGCGACUCAGUGUUUAACUUGCGCCUUAAACUUGGCACUUCUAGACCUUCACAAGUGCAUCACUAUUGUACAAAAUCAUCCAGUGGGCCGGACUGGACACUUUGGCGGCCGGUUCUGGCCCUGGCGCCGUAUGUUUGACACCCCUGAUCUAGACAAAUGCAAAAAUUUAAAGUGUUUCAAGUUUGAGUCAAGUCUAAAGUCAUGAUAACCAAGUCAAAGCCAAGUCUAGCCUCUUAUCAGUGUUGGUCAAGCGAGUGUCAAGUCCUCAGAUUUGAGACUUGAGUCUGACUCAAGUGAUGUGACCCGAGUCCCCCACCUCUGUGAUGUUUGUGAAACCAGCUGUGAGUUGACACAGAAAUAAAGAGGUCAACACUUGCUGGAGUUUCGACCUCUUUAGACUUCUUUCUCCGCUCCAUGCACCUUGGAAGAAGGUGAAGUUGUGCCAGAAGCCCCCACCCCAGAGUACACCUGUGAACUUGAAGUGUAUGAUGAGAAGUCCCUGAAUUUAACAGGCAUGCAAAGUUGACCUUACAUCUGUAUCUGUAUUUUUACUUGAUAAAUUGGUUUGUUGGAUACAGUGUUACAUGUCUCAGCUGCCAACUGUAAAUCCUUUGUAUCUAUGAUUGCUUUAUUGUGACAAGAUGUGUGUGUUGUGUUGCAGUAUGAGGUCACCAUGUCCCAUUUAUAAGAACCA